AUGAAUAGUCCUGAAUGGAUUACCAUCUUACUUGGUUGUAUAGCGUGUAUACUCAAUGGAGCAGGUCAACCAUUGUUCGCAUUUUUAUUUGCUAAAAUAGUCGAUGCAUUCAAAUAUUGUUCAAACUCUGAACGACGUCAUCAAGUGUUCAUUAGUAGCAUUAUUUUUAUACUCUUAGGUGUUGCUUUAUUGUUUCUUCGUCUUGUUCAGUAUACAGCUUUUGCCAUAUCUGGAGCGAAAUUAAUGCAGCGUAUUCGUUCGAAAGCAUUUGCAUGCCUUCUUCGUCAAGAAGUUGCUUAUUUCGAUAGACCAGAAAAUAGCUCUGGUGCAAUAUGUACUCGUCUGUCUUCUGAUGCAUCGGCUAUUCAAGAGAUGAGUGGUGCCCGAUUAGGAAACAUCUGUGAAAUUGGUUUUGGUGGAGAGAUAAACUUUGAUCAAGUCAAAUUUAUCUAUCCAACUCGACCAACAUCUGUUAUUCUUAACAAAUUUCAAUUGAAUAUCAAACCAGGUCAACGUGUAGCCCUUGUUGGAACAUCAGGAUGUGGUAAAUCAACAAUUAUUCAACUGUUAGAACGAUUCUAUGAUGCUACAAGUGGUCAACUAUUUCUUGAUGGUAUUGAUAUUCGACAAUUAAAUCUACAAUGGGUUCGUUCUCAUGUUGGUCUUGUUAGUCAAGAACCAAUCUUAUUCGAUUUGACAAUUGCUGAAAAUAUAGCAUAUGGCUUAGAAAAUGUUUCAAUGGAAGACAUUAUCAAUGCAGCAAGGAAAGCUAAUAUUCAUCAAUUUAUUGAGCAAUUGCCUCAGGGUUAUGAAACAAAAGUAGGUUUGAAAGGUAGUUUUUUGUCAAGUGGUGAGAAGCAACGUAUUGCUAUUGCUCGAGUUCUUAUUCGUCGACCUAAAGUAUUGCUCUUAGAUGAAGCUACAAAUGCCAUGGAUUCACAAAAUGAACAACUUGUACAAGAAGCUCUUGAGCAAGCUCAAACAGAAGAUUCUAGUAGAACAUCAUUGAUUAUUGCUCAUCGUCUUUCAACUAUUCGUUCGUGUGAUUUGAUUUGUGUACUUGAUAGAGGAUGUAUCGUGGAAAGUGGUACUCAUACAGAUUUGAUACAACGACGUGGAGCUUACUAUAAAAUGCUUGCUGAAAACAAUUUACAAUGA